AUGGCGGCACUAUUCAUUCUUGCUUGCCUGAUUGGCGCGAGUGUGGCUUUCGAUAAAAAUUUAAUAGUUACAACGACUGAGGGGGAAGUGGAAGGGAGUCUGGCGCCAUGCGAAUUAUAUUAUGAGUUUUUGGGUAUACGAUACGCUGUCCCCGUCAAGUUUAGAGCACCAACCCCCCCUCCAAUUUACUCCGGCACAUACAAAGCAGACAAUCGAGCUAUACUGUGCCCCCAAUUCGCCACCUACGACCCACUUUCUGCCCCCAGCGAGAACGAGGACUGCUUAAUCCUCAACAUAUAUACCCCCACCUUCAUUAAUACCACUUGCCCCGUCAUGGUAUACCUGCACGGAGGUGACUUCGGUGUGGGUGCUUCAUCUCCCGUUUUCUACGGCCCGCAAUAUCUCGUCAGCCACGGUGUCGUCGUGGUCACUGUCAAUUAUAGGUUGAACGUUUAUGGCUUUUUGAAUCUUGGAAUACCGGAAGCGCCCGGUAACGCCGGGCUGAAGGAUAUCAGGGCGGCGCUGCGCUGGAUACAGAAUAACAUUGCAAGCUUUCAGGGUGAUCCCGAUAAUGUCACUGUCUUUGGGCAGGGCAGCGGCGGUGCGGCCGCAAUAUUCCUCACCAUGUCCAGUAGCACCAAGGGUCUGUUCCACAGAGUAAUAUCAGAGAGCGGCUCCCCACUAUCCCCCCACGUCUUUGAUAAAACGCCUCUGAAAACAGCGAGCCAAGUCGCAAAAUCUUUAAGUCUUAACUCCGUCGAGACAGACGCACUGUUAAAGCUUUAUACGCACACACCGAUUACAAAAGUAGAAGAAGCUAUAGAAAAACAAAUGAACGCAAAAUCGGUCUUCCUGCCUUCAGUUGAAACACCGUUUCCUGACGAAGAAGCCUUCAUGCUAGAUACACCAUUUAACAUACUCACAGUGAACUCUGAAUAUUUGAAUCCGGUCCCUGCAAUUAUUGGUAUAAACACCGUUGAAGGUCUGUCGUGUAUCUUAGACUAUAAUACAAUAACCAGUCAAAUGAAUAGAAUAAGCAACGAGGACUUAAGCGUCUUGGACCAGCGGAAUUUCGAUCUACCAGUAGAAGAGAGAGAAGACUUCCGAAAUCUAUUAAGAGAUACCUUUUUCGACGGCGCAGUAUCAGACGAGGCGUUCGUCGGAGGUCUAGUCAAUUUAAACACAGAUUUCUGUUACGUGGGGCCGAUGUCGCUAUUCGCUGAUCUGUACUCGAAUAAUACGCAGGUAUUCCAGUACAUUUUCAGCUAUGUGGGUAACAGGAAUCUGGGUAGAAUUCUGACGAACAGUACUUUGGACGCGACGGCUAAUCUGGAUGAAUUAUUUUACGUGUUCGAUCUGGAGAGGUUGCCGAUGGUGAUGGACGAAGAUGAUGCGAGAAUUGUGACAUUUAUGACACAGUUGUGGACGAGCUUCGCCAAAUAUGGGACUCCAACCCCGGACAGAACGGAUGGCGAAUGGUUGCCCUAUCCCCACCACUUGGAAAUUAACUUGGAGCCACAAUACGUCAACGAGCUGACGCCAGAAAGAGCGAAAUUCUGGCGCACACUGUUCUAUCAAUACGGCGCUUGA